AAAAAAAAAAAAAAAAGAAAAAAAGAAAAACGGUGUUUCCCAUCUAUCUACUGGAAUCAGAUUGAAUCUUGCUUGCGUGCCUCGCUUUCAGGCAGUACUGCCCCUUUGCGGAGGGAUGGCCCUGCUGCUGCUGGCCGCACGAGGUGGGCUCAGCCCGACGGAGCCCCCCGACAUCCAAACAGCGGUGGAUGACAACCCGACGCUGCUGAUGAGCUGGUGGGCAACAGGGUUCUCGUUAGCCAUCAUCGCGGUGCGAGUAUGUGGGCGGUACGUCCGCACGGAGCGUUUCUUCACCGAGGACAAGGUGAUGAUGGCGAGCGUGGUGCCGCUGCUGGCGCGCAUGGCGUUUGUACAUGUCAUCCUCCUCUGGGGCACGAACAACACUAAGACGGCAGGCUUGACGGCCAUGGACAUUCGCCAUCGCGAGAUCGGUAGCCGGCUGGUGCUUGUCUCGCGCAUCCUGUACGCCGUCUUCAUCUGGACGGCCAAGUAUACCGUGUGCGAGUUUCUGCGGCGCGUCUCGGGCAUGAUCUGGCGCCGGUCUCUCCUGCUCUUCUUGCGCUUCAUAUACUACUUUCUCGCUUCGACCUUUUUGGCCGUCGUCAUCGCCACCCUCGCCGAGUGCCAGCCCUUUGAUCACUACUGGAAAGUCGUCCCGGACCCCGGCCCUCGCUGUCGCUGCGGCUACGCCAACCUGAUCACCAUGGGUGCCUGCGACGUGGUGACCGAUCUGCUGCUGGUUGCUUUCCCCAUCCCCAUGAUCCUUACCGCCAACAUGGCGCUGAAGCGCAAGGUCUCGCUCGUCCUGCUGUUCGCCCUCUCCCUGAUCCUUGUCGGUAUCACCUGCUAUCGCGUGCCCUCGGUCAUCUGGCGUGACGGCUCGCAGCAGUACCGCUCGCUCAUGGCUUCGCUAGAGAUCCUUGCCGCCACAGCCGUUUCCAACGCCGUCGUCAUCGGCUCCUUUGUCCGAGACCGCGGUGUUAAGAAGCAGAAGUUCAAAAAGGAUCUCGCCUUUGCCUCGGUCGGUGAGAAUAUCGACCAAAGCACCCUCCGCCGCGCCACCGUCACCUACCACCAGUGGGGUAGUGACUCCCAUCUCGCUGGCGACCUGGGCAUCCGCCUCGACCCGGAACUUUACCACUCUACUGAAACGAACACUACUCCUACCACUACCACCACCACAACUACUACUACCCCUGGUCUGCCGCCUUUCGCGUCCAUUGCGAGCCCAGUCUCCACCUUACACACAGGGGCCCUGGACCCGAACUGGUCGUUUACCGCUGGUCGUCCUUCCGGCGAGACUGACGACGUCUCCGCUACAGAUAGCCUGGACGUCAAGGUCAGUCCGCACGAGUACCUCGAGAGGAGCCGAUCCAUACGGAACAGCAAUAAUAUCAACAAUCACAGUAGCAAUAGCAAUAAGCCGCUGCUUGCGCGGCAUCCCUCGCGCGGGCUCUCCAUCUUCGACAUCGGAGGACUACUCGACCCUGCGCAGUCGAGCAUGCCCGGUCUCGCUUCCCACGGCAGACGCAAUACCCAAUCCCGCGAUCUGACAGAUUACCGUGAAGGCGGCGUGACUCUUCAAGAUGUCGGCGGGCUGCUCUCAGAUAACCACCCUGAGACCACUCCCACAAAUCUCAAUCCUGUUCCUCCUACAAUCCCUCACUCUCGCAACACAUCUAACUCUGUCGCACCUCCGUAUCGACCCUCGCGCGACGGGCCCACCCUCUCCAUGGAGCUACAAGAUGUCGGCGGCCUUCUCUCGAGGCCACGAUGAUUCUUUGCCUUUUUUUUUUCGCUUUUCCUCUUCCGAAUGAGUCAUGUCCUCUUCUUAGCGUGGCGUUGGGUGAUAUUUCCUUCUGGAGACAUGAUACAAUGGUCACUUCAGUGUUUCUAUUUAUUAAAUAUUAUAUCAACUCUUCUUUCUUUUGUUUUUUUACCUUCUUGGGUUUGGACUUGUCGGAAGCUGUCUGGUUAAUAACUUGAUACCACUAUACAUAGAUACCAUUUUUAUG